ACUUUGUCAUGAACCAGCCUACCCCCGGGGUGCCCCGCCGGGUGCGGCUGAAGCCCUGGCUGGUGGCUCAGGUGAACAGCUGCCAGUACCCAGGACUUCAGUGGGUCAACGGGGAAAGGAAAUUCUUCUACAUCCCCUGGCGCCAUGCCACACGGCAUGGUCCCAGCCAGGAUGGGGACAACACCAUCUUCAAGGCUUGGGCCAAGGAGACAGGGAAGUACACAGAGGGCGUGGAUGAGGCAGAUCCUGCCAAGUGGAAGGCCAACUUGCGCUGUGCCCUGAACAAGAGCCGUGAUUUCCACCUCAUCUACGAUGGGCCUCGGGACAUGCCACCUCAGCCCUACAAGAUCUAUGAGGUCUGCUCCAAUGGCCCUGCACCCACAGAACCACAGCCCAGUGAGGACUGCAUUUUUGAGGAGGAGAAAGAGGAUGAGCUCCAGAGGAUGUUGCCAGGCCUGAACAUCACAGAAACAGCGCAGCCUGCCCACCCCAUGGUACCCUAUUCUGUACCCAAGGAGGAGCUUAAGUGGCCCCCAACUCUGCAGCCACCUGUGAUGCCAGGGCCCUCUGCUCCAGAGUCCACCGUCCUGGUCCCACCCCCCAACAACUCUGCUGGUUUUGAGGACUUGCGGAGCCUGGAGCCUGGAGCCCAGGUUGCGAGCCUGCCUCCACCAAGCGAACAACUGCCUGACUUGCUGAUCAGUCCUCACAUGCUACCUUUGACAGACCUGGAGAUCAAGUUCCAGUAUCGAGGCCGGCCGCCGCGUGCCCACACCAUCAGCAACCCGCAGGGCUGCCGGCUCUUCUACAGCCAGCUGGAGGCCACCCAGGAGCAGGUGGAGCUCUUCGGCCCCGUGAGCCUGGAGCAGGUGCGCUUCCCCAGCCCUGAGGACAUCCCCAGUGACAAGCAGCGCUUCUACACCAACCAGCUGCUAGACGUGCUGGACCGCGGGCUCAUCCUGCAGCUGCAGGGCCAGGACCUGUACGCUGUCCGCUUGUGUCAGUGCAAGGUGUUCUGGAGUGGACCCUGUGCCUCGACCCACACUGCCUGCCCCAACCCCAUCCAGCGAGAGGUCAAGACCAAGCUCUUCAGCCUCGAGCAGUUUCUGCAUGAACUCAUCCUGUUCCAGAAGGGCCAGACAGACACCCCACCGCCGUUCGAGAUUUUCUUCUGCUUUGGGGAGGAGUGGCCAGACCGCAAACCCCGGGAGAAGAAACUCAUCACUGUACAGGUGGUGCCUGUGGCGGCGCGAUUGCUGAUGGAGAUGUUCUCUGGGGAGCUUUCCUGGUCCACUGACAGUAUCCGGCUCCAGAUCUCAAACCCAGACCUCAAAGACCACAUGGUAGAGCAGUUCAAGGAACUCCAUCACCUCUGGCAGGCUCAGCAGCGGGUGCAGCCCGUGGCCCAGGCCCCUCCUGGGCCAGGCCUCGGGGCUGACCAGGGACCCUGGCCCAUGCACCCAGUUGGCAUGCGAUAG